UGCGGCUCUAGUCUCGCGAGAGUCGGUCGAGCGCGGGAGGAGGAGGAGGGCGCAGUUGGAGAGGACCGUCGGCCAGUGAUUCUGAAGUGAGAAUUAUUUGUACAAUGUCACAGUCUUCAGACAAGUUCAAGAUGUUGCAACAGCAACAGCUACUACAGCAACAACAAGGACAGCAGCAACAAGCCCAGUUCACAAAUCCUGAAACUCCUGGGUAUGUGGGAUUUGCAAAUCUUCCAAACCAGGUACAUCGCAAGUCUGUGAAGAAAGGAUUUGAAUUCACACUCAUGGUAGUUGGUGAGUCAGGUCUGGGAAAAUCAACACUCAUUAACAGCCUAUUUCUGACUGACCUCUACCCUGAAAGAAUUAUUCCAGGAGCUGCAGAGAAAAUUGAAAGAACUGUCCAAAUUGAGGCUUCUACUGUAGAGAUUGAAGAGCGUGGAGUAAAGCUGCGUCUGACGGUGGUUGACACACCAGGAUAUGGAGAUGCCAUAAAUAGUCAGGACUGCUUUAAGACAAUUAUUUCUUAUGUCGAUGAGCAGUUUGAACGCUAUCUACAUGAUGAAAGUGGAUUGAACAGACGUCAUAUUGUUGAUAACCGGGUCCACUGCUGCUUUUAUUUCAUCUCACCUUUUGGCCAUGGAUUGAAGCCUCUAGAUGUGGAGUUCAUGAAAGCUAUACACAAUAAAGUAAAUGUUGUUCCUGUCAUUGCCAAGGCAGACACCCUUACACUGAAGGAAAGAGAGAGACUCAAAAGAAGGAUCCUUGAUGAGAUUGAGGAACACGGUAUUAGGAUUUACCACCUGCCUGAUGCAGAAUCUGAUGAAGAUGAAGAUUUCAAGGAGCAAACUCGCGUUCUUAAGACCAGUAUCCCUUUUGCUGUUGUUGGAUCAAAUCAGUUGAUUGAGGCAAAAGGUAAAAAGGUCCGAGGACGUUUGUAUCCAUGGGGAGUGGUGGAAGUGGAGAACCCAGAGCACAACGACUUUCUGAAGCUGAGAACAAUGUUAAUAACACACAUGCAGGACCUUCAGGAGGUGACCCAGGAUCUUCACUAUGAAAACUUCCGCUCUGAACGCCUCAAGCAGGGUGGCAGGUUGUCUUCACAUGGUUACAUUCUCCCUCUGUCUCCUUCGAAAGGGGAAGAACAACCUCAGGAUAAGGACCAAAUCCUACUGGAAAAAGAGGCUGAGUUACGCCGCAUGCAACAGAUGAUUGCCCAGAUGCAGGCUCAAAUGCAGAUGCAAAUGCAGAAACCAGGUGGAGAAGGAGACUCCAGUCAGCAUGCCUAAACUGAAGAGCAAAUAAUGAAAAGUUCCACCGCCUUGAAGCAGUGGUGAAGGAGGAUUUGAAGUCUAGAGAACAUGGUCCUGGUAGCAUGUGGUGGCAGCUGAUUAGAGUGCUUAUAGUUCACAUUGCAGUGUUGUAACCUUAUUUCU